UUGGUUUAUAAUGGAUAUGUCUUUUGAUUUUGAUGUUAAGAUAAAGUCAGAAUUUGAAGAACAAAAGAUUACUGGACGCGAAAUAGUUCAAGGAUAUCUACAGCUAAAACCUGAGGCUGUUGCCAAAUAUUUGGGACUUCAAGAAGCUCUAAAAACUUUUGAAAAAUGGCCAGAAUCUUCCAAAAUAAAUUUUAUUCAACAGUUUGCUGAUAUGUAUGAUGUUCUUGAUGAACGAUUUCACGAAUUGAUUCAACAAUUUUGUAAAAUUCAUUGGGUUGAUGUUCCUUUGUCGAUUCGUGAUCGUUUUGUUGAAUUUUUAAUUACAUUAGCUAUAUUUCAAAUUAACCAUAUUGAAGAAGUUUUUACUUCAUUUGUUACACAUUUACUACCAAUCCAAAAAAAGGAAACUUGUAUAGAUUCUCAAGAACAAGAGGCAUUGUACAAAUUGGCUUUUAAAUCAAUUCAGAGAGUUGUUACUUGCAAUAAAUUAAGUAAUCGUGUACUUGUAAAAUAUUGUGUUCGUUUAUUCCCUCACGUAAGACAACCAGCAGAUAAAAUGCUUCCAUUUGUAUGUAAUUUAAUUAAACUAGCAGAGCAAAGUAAUGAUGAAGAUACAAGAAUCGAAAUUUGGUCAUUAAUUAUUGAUAGAUUAUUACAAUUAGAUGCGGCGAUAACUGAUUUACAUGAUGAGGAAAGCCGAUUAAGUUUUUGCAAUAAUACCAAUGAUUCUUUAAAUAAUUGUUUUCCAAGUCCGGCAAAUGACUCGAAUAUUAUAAUAGAAUCAAUAGUUGAAGAAAAACAACCAAUAGAAAAUCCAAUGGAAGCAAAACUUGAUCAAUUUGUUGCGCUUAUUCUUUUAUUUGUUGGUACAAAGGGGGAAAAAUUAGCUGAGGAAGUUAUUCAACAAAUAAUUAAUAAAGAAACAGAUAAAAAUUUUGAAGGAUUAUUAAGAUUUUUGAUUUCGAAAAAUGAAGAGGAGGAAAUUAAUAAUCAAAAUAAUAAUAAAAGAAAGAAAAAGCCUUUUUGCACAAUUUUCCAAUUAUUUCUUGAAGGAUUUGAUGAACACGUUUUAACAGCAACUGGAGUACAUUCAACACCUUUUGUUUGGUUUUACCUUUGCAGUCUUUCUAAUGAGAAUUGUCAAAAAAUGUUAGAAUUUUUGUGGGAAGUAAUUCGUACACCAAUUGAACGUGGGGAUUGGAGAAAAUCACAAAAUGCAGCUACUUUUUUGUGUGGAUUUUUAGCACGAGCAAAUUAUAUUGAUUUGGAAUUUGUUUGUUCCUGGAUAAACACAAUAUCUAAUUGGUGUUUUAAUUAUAUUUUGGAAAAUUCAAAAGAAAUUUCUAAAAGAAACAUUGCUGUUAACACAAAAAUGGUUCAACAUGGAAUUUUUUAUUCAACAGUACAAGCACUUUUAUUUGUUUUUUGUUAUCGUUAUGAAGAAUUAAAUAAAGAAGAAAAUAGUUUAAACCAAUUUAAUUUAUGGAAUUUAGACAAAAUUGUUUUUAAUUCAUUAAAUCCAUUACAACAUAUUUCUCAAGGUGUUGCUUUGUGUUUUUUGAAUUUGGCUAGACGUUUUAAUUUAUUUGAGAAAAACACAGAUAAUUCAUUAUCACCCAAAACUCAUUCAAUGGCAGAAAUAUCAUUAAAACGUAGAAGGGCUGUUAUUGAUUUGUUUUUUCCUUUUAGUUUUUGUUCAUUAAAAAUAUGUUCUCCAUUAAUAUUUCCAUUAAUGAGGCGUUUUACCCCUUUGGAGAAACUUUGUAAAAAUGUUAUAAUUGAUGAGGAUGAAGAAGAUAUUGAUGAAGAAGUUGAACAACAACAACAAAAUAAUUGUAUUGAAGAAAAUGAAAGAGAAAAUAUUUUGCCGAUAGAUGAGGGGUAUGAAGAGGAAUUAAUGUGUUUACAAUCUGUUAAUGAAUUUAAUAAUUAUAAUAAUAAUAAUAUAAUUUUUGAAAGUAAUACUGAAGAACAACAAGAAAUGGAGAUUUAAAAAGAUUUUUGUUAUUUUAAAUAAUUGUUGUUUAAUUUGGAAAGUUUUGAUUGUUAAUGAAAUGUUGUUGUUGUUAUUGUUCUUUGUUAAAAAGUUUGUGUA